CCUGAUUCUCCAGCACUGCAGCACUCCACAAGCCUCCUCUUGCUCCGCUCAGCUCGGCUCGGCAGCAGACAUGCACCCCGCGCUGCUUGGCUUCCUGGGACUGGCCCUGCUCGGGGCACUGCACGCACAGGACAGCAUUCCCGUGCAAACCAACUUCCAGCAGGACAAGCUCACGGGGAGAUGGUACAGCAUUGGCCUGGCCUCCAACUCCAACUGGUUCAAGGAGAAGAAGCACCUGAUGAAGAUGUGCACCACGGUCAUCUCCAGCACCGCAGAUGGGAACCUGGAAGUCACCUCCACCUACCCCAAGGGUGACCAGUGCGAGAAGAGGAACAGCCUUUACACCAAGACGGAGCAGCUGGGGCGGUUCAGCUACACCAGCCCACGCUGGGGCAGCAAGCACGACAUCCGUGUGGUGGAGACCAACUAUGAGGAGUAUGCCUUGGUGGCCACCCAGAUCUCCAAGAGCACCGGCUCCUCCACCAUGGUUCUGCUCUACAGCCGGACGAAGGAGCUCAGUCCUGAGCGCCUCGAGAGGUUCACCCAGUUCUCCAGGGAGCAGGGCCUGAUGGAUGAAGACAUCCUCAUCCUGCCCCAGACAGACAAAUGCAUGGCAGAUGCUGCCUAGGCAGAUGUACCAGUUGCUGCUGGCCAGAGUCCCAAGAGCACCAUGAGCUGGCGAGCACCCUGUCCUACCCUGUCUCGCCCCCACCACACCCCCAGCACCACAGCAGCCUUCGCUCCCUGGCUUCACAUCCCACACCUGUUCCCCCAUCACUAUUAAAGCCUGUAUAAAACCAGA